AUGCCCCGCUACCACUCCGACUCCGAUACCAACUCCGAUACCGAGCACCAUCCCCGUCGUCGUCGUUUUAGCACCCCAGGCCCUCCACCCACCACAACUGACCGCCACGCACACCCUCACCCACAUUUUCCAUACGAACCACAUACCCUUUUCUACCCAGCUGAAGCCUCUGGCGCCGCCGGUCCCGGUCCAGGUCCAGGUCCCGGUCCCAGUAACCAUCCCCGCCGUCUCCGACCCUCCGAUCCUAGUCUCACCGACCCCACGGGUACUUCCACCACCACAGGUAGCAGUAACCCCAACAGUGGCGGUAUCCAGCCCAGUAUGAUCGCCGACUCAGCCGUCCUCACCCGCGAUCGUGACCGGGCCCGUCGCGGCCGGAGACCUCAGGCUGCUGCGUACCACCACAGCGGCGGCCGUCGUGCACGGGAUGAUUCCCUAGCUGACGACGACGACGACCUGUAUGAUGACGACGACGAUACCUACAACUACGACGACACCAGCUAUGCUCGGUCACUCUCCCGCUCUCGGUCACGCUCCCACGGCCGAAGGAAUAACCGAAAGAAAUCAACCUCCCGCUCCAAAUCCCCGCAUAAAAUAACACACAAAGCCCGCGGCCUGAUCUCAUCCACCUUCACCCCGUCCACGUCAGGCUUGGGGGUUGUCACGGCCACGAUCACAGUCACAGACACGGCCACGGUCGAAGUCGCAGUCACGGAGGCCAUAACCAUCACCAUACCCAUGGAGACCACCACGGGCAUCGACACAGCAGAAGCCGCAGCAAAUCCAGAGAAGAAGGGAGCCACGCCCGGCUGA